AAAAUGAAAAAUAUUUAUGGUUGGAUAGAAAUUAUUUCAAACCCUGUUAUUUUUGGAGAUCAAGACGGACUAGUCGUUCAGCAUGUUGACCUGCCCGUAGUAAAAAAUGAAUUGUCAAUAACAUUUAGAAUAAAACUACAAAGUCAUAUUUCUGACUGGGCAACCAUUUUUCAUAAAGGCACCGAUCGUCUUAUCCGUACUCCAGGACUCUGGUUGACAGCAGACAAAUCUGCAAUGUAUCCUCGAUUCACAGGCGAUUGGAAUACAGAUGCUGGGUUUACUAUGACUGAUGAACUUGUAUUGCAAAAUUGGUAUCAUAUAGCCUAUACACUUUCAGACGCUAAAAAAAGGUUAGAUGUCUACAUAAAUGGUGUUUGGUCUGGAUUCUUCAGCAUCCAAGAUGUUAAAAGACAAACCGUUAUUUUUAAUGAUGGGCCACUGUAUAUCGGAAAAUCUCCUUUUCACGGUGGAUUUAGUGGCGAAAUUAGUAAUUUUCGUUAUUUCAACUGGCAAUUAUCUGCUAAUGAAGUGAGUGAAGAUUUCGGCGUUGCAGAAAAUCUUAUUUAA